GAACAGCGCACUUCCGGGCGAAUGUCAAAUGCAGUUGACAAGCGACGCGUUUUAUUUUGUGUUCUGAUUGUCUUAAAAAAUCAUUUAAUUUCGGAUUGCGACUUACAAAAUGUCGAAAUCUGCGCUGAAACACCUGAAGAGCACUUGCCGCGUGUGCGGAAAGUAUGCGAGCAACAAGCGGUCGCCAAAGAUUUUCGACCGGACCAACACAAAGACGAUUGACAACAUUGAGGCGCUCACAGGCCUUCGACUGGAGAACUAUGGUUGCUUGCCGGACCAGAUCUGCGAGUGCUGUAGUAUGGAACUGGCCUCUGCGAUAAAACUGAGGGAGCGUUGCAUCGCCGCCCAACGGGAGUUGCUCAUGCAGCUGACCGAGGAACAGCGCCAAGGAAUCUCGCCUUUCUACCGCGCAGCCGUCAUGGGCGAGGAUAUUACCGAGGCAGUAAAAAAGUACCAGCCGCCGGACGAUGAAGAAGUCUUCGCCACCUACCAGGAAAUCGUCCUUGAGGAGCCCAAGGAGGAGAUCGUCGAUACCAAGGUGGAAUACGAGAGUACCUACUACGAAGUGGCCGAGGGACAUGCUGGCGGCGAUGAUGGAGCCUCCUUGAUUGAGGAGGCCGAAUACGAAUCGAUCAUGGGCGAGGAAGAAGGGCAGACCUUGGAGCUGGACGAGGAUACAGAGCUGAUUGUGGGCGAUGUGAACGACUCGUAUGUCUAUGACUCCGAUGAUGAGGUGGCCGUACUGGAUAACGUGCUGGAUGAUGAGUACGAACAGGAGAGCAUUGUGGUAAAGAAGUGCAAUCUGCCGCCAAAGCCAAAGGUCCGUUCGGAUGAUCCACGUCGUCGUGGCACCGGAGGAGUGUACAUAUGCGACCAGUGCGGCAACCACAUCAAGGGUCGCAUGGCCUUUGAACUCCACUGCCGCCGUCAUCGUGGAGACAAACAGUUUGGCUGCGAACUAUGCCAAUCCCGCUUCUGCACUACUUCCGAGCUGAAGCGCCACAUGCGCAAGCACACAGGGGAGCGACCGUUCGCCUGCCAGUACUGCGGCCGGUGCUUCACCGACUACACCACCCGCGUGAAGCACGAGCGCACCCAUACCAACGAGCGUCCCUACGUUUGUGGCACAUGCGGCAAGGCUUUCACUACGGGCUACAUCCUUAAAAAUCACAUGCUAAUACAUUCCGGAGAGCGGGCCUAUAGGUGUGAACUGUGCGACAAGUCCUUUAUGCUGCCGACCCACCUGAGCACCCACUUCCGGUCUGGAGUCCACAAACGUCACCUGGAGAAGGCCGAAAUGAAGCAGGUUCUUGAGCAGGAACAGAAGCGUGAACUUAAGGAGGAAGAGGAGGACAGUCUGCACAUCUAAAACGAGAAUAAAAAUAUACUUUAUAAUAUAUUUAGCAAUACCAAGCGAUGCAAACACGACAACGGCGCAAAGCCAAGGAGCAUUUCUUCGGAUCAUACAAAUAUAACUUGUAAUAGAAAUUAAUCUUGAAUAAAUCCAAGCUUCAAACCUAAA